UGCUCCAGCGCGCUCUCACCUGCUGAUACCAUCCACCCAACAGCAGAUGUGACUCACAGGCUCAGACGUGAUAACAGACAGUAGCCAGACGGUUGAAAACCUCAGCUUUGGAGAUUUUUAUCAACAGGGAUCAACCUUCACCUGGACGAGUUUAUUUUGCUUUGGAUUAUCUGUGUUUCCAUGUUUAAAGCAGAAAGCUACAUGACUGACGGAGGUUUGGGUCUGUACACACGGCGCCUGAACCGCCUGCCCGACAGCAUGGCCGCCGUCCGAGAGACGCUCCAUCGGAAAACGUCGACAGGGCAGGGAGAUGCUGACAGCUGGGAUGACAGCAGUUCAGUGAGCAGCGGCAUCAGCGACAACAUCGACACAGAUGACAUCAACACCAGCUCCUCCAUCUCCUCCUACGCCAACACGCCAGCGGCACAGCGCAAGGGCCUCAACGCACAGCCUGUGACGGAUGCAGAGAAGCACUCGGCCUCCACAGUGCUGCACCAGGCCUGGUCAGGAGACGAGGUGAAGAGGCCAGACGGAGGGUCAGACAGUGGGGUCAGGAUGGAGCCGGGCUCCAAGUGGAGCCGCAGGAACCCCUCCGACAUUUCCGACGAGUCCGACAAGGGUGGCUCGGGGAGGAAGACCCCCUCUGUGUCCCACACUGGCUCCUGGAGGAGAGGCAUGAGCACUCAGGUCGGGGUGACGUCCCCUCGGACUAAGAGCACCAGCAGCACAGGCUCAACGGGCUCCAUCAGCCUCAAGAGCCACAGCUCAGGUAAGACGGAUGACGUCAAGGUGUCGGAGAAAGGAGGCGUCGCCCCUCGUCCUAACGGCCUCCACCGCUCGCCCUCGGACGCAGGACGCAGCAGCGGCGAUGAGGCGAAGAAACAUUCCAUCUCCAGCAGCCGCACGGCAACAACGAAUGCCCUCACCCACACCGUCUCAGAGCCACACUCACAGACACACACACUUGCCUCGCGCACCCCGACCAGCACCUUCGGCUUCAAGAAGCAGGGCCAUGGGAUGGUAACCAUGGUUACAGCCAGUGGGGCCACCAUCACCAGUGGUUCAGCCACCCUGGGGAAGAUGCCCAAAUCUGGGGCGCGCUCUCUGGCAGGAGGCCUCAAAGCCAGUGGGCAGGACGGUGGUUCGGCCCUGGGUCACCACGACGAUGGCUUCCUUUCCAUGAGCGCCCGCUCCACUCUGCAGUACCGCAGCCUGCCGAGGCCCAGCCGCUCAGGAGCCGCUGCCCGCAACGGAAAUCGCUCGUCCACCAGCAGCAUCGAGGCCGCUGUGCUCUCCGUGACAUCACACGGUAAAAACUCCAUCAGCCUCGCCAAGGCCAACGGCUCGGGAGGCCUCCUGCCCAAUCAGACGGAUCGGGAGAAGGGAGUCUCGGAGAUCGACAACCUGAGGAGCGGAGUCGCGAUGCAGAGCGGGGGAGCAGCGACUGUUCCUCUGACUGGAAGACAGCAGGUUUCUUCACCCACGCUUCGCAGGUUGUUUGGUGGGAAGCCCGGUAAACAGGCUCCGGUCACGACGGCCGAGAACAUGAAGAACUCCACCGUUAUCUCCAACCCCCACGCUACCAUGAACCACGUGGCCACGGUGCUGGAGUCCCCCGAUGGAGGGUUGGGAGGCGUCGACAGCGAGACCAGCAGCCCCCUGUUCGGAGGCAGGGCGUUGGGAUCGGGGAUGGGGACGCUGGGCAGCGAGCAGGCCUCCAGCCCCGGCUCAGUCUACUCCUCCACCGGCCCCUCCAACAGCCUGACGUGGGGCACCACCUUAAGCAGCUCCUCCGCCCAGAGCAGAGAGAGCACGCUGGGCGGACACGGCGGGACGGGCAGCAUGGGCUACCCCUCCGUCAGCAGCAUGCACACCAGCAGCGAGUCCAUUGACAUGAGUCUGGGCAGCGCCGGAGGAGGUGCCGGCCACGGGACCCACAGGGAGGACACCCUGUCCGCGCUGGGACGCACCGGCAGCGUCAAGACGGGCAUGUCUGAGAGUCCCCUCUCCUCCCCCUCCGCUAGCCCUAUAUUCAGCCGAAACACGCUCCCUCGGAAGCAGGACAG